AGAGCUGGGGGCUGUCCUGCCGUACAGUUGUAUUCUCUCUGUGUGCUUGCUGAGUGGGAGGGUCACACCGUGUGAGACUAAUAAGGACAGAGCUGCGUCCCCUUCUCCCACUCUUUAGAGACUCCAGCAACUCCUCGGCAACUACAGCAGCUUUGUACAGGCAUUUGCUGCGCUUCUGGGGAGGGGGAACUUAAUCAAAGAUUUCUGGUCAUUUGUUCACAUGUGUUCAAGAGGAGAUGAAGGCAAUUGGAUCUUGCAUAAUUUGGCUUGGGUUGGUCAUCCUUCUUCCAGUCUCUCAUUCUAUAGCAGUCACUGAUAAAACAGCUACUGCAUGCCCAGUAUUGAAAACAGAAGGACAUCAAUUUAGCCACCAAGAAAACCUUGAUGUUUCAGGUUUUGAUUUAACCCAAAGCUUUUCUUUGAGGCAGACUUCAUGUGGAGUUGGAAAGCCUUGCUUUAAGUUGGGGAAUACGCCUCUUAUCAGAGACUCUCAGAAAGUGUUUCCAAAUGGGAUUCCAGAGGAAUAUUUCUUAACAGCCACAUUCCGUGUUAGGCGAAACAGCAAAAGGGAACGGUGGUAUUUGUUGCAAAUUUUAGAUCAGCACAACAUGCCACAGGUUUACAUCACCGUUGACGGUACGAAAAAAAAUGUAGAGUACGUUGCACAGUCCACCCAGGGGGGCUCAUUGCACUACACCUUUAGAAGUCGGGAAAUCCACCCUGUUUUUGAUCGGCAGUGGCACAAGCUUGGCAUCAGUGUGCAAUCAAGGAUCAUUUCUCUCUAUGUGGACUGCAGCUUAAUUGAGCAAAGGGAGAUUGAUGAGAAUACUACUACGGACUUUCAAGGGAAGAUUCUUAUUGCUACCCAUUCUUUAGAUGGCAAGCCUGUAGAUAUUGAAGUUGGCCGCAUGAUAAUAUACUGCAAUCCCUGUCUUGCUGCUCAGGAGACUUGCUGUGAAUUAUCUGAGAAUAUGUGCCCUUUGGAAGAAGGCUUGAAAACUACUGCAGCAUCACCAUCAACUGUUCAUGUUAGUGAAAUACAUGCACUUCCAAUAAUGGAAAAAAAACCUGAAGAAAAAUGCUUUUGCUCUUCAAAUAAGGGAGAAGCAGGUUUGCCAGGAGUACCUGGUUUGCCAGGACAGAAAGGAGAAAAGGGUGAAGAAGGAGCUAAAGGAGAAAAUGGCACCCCUGGUUUUCCCGGCGAGAAGGGAGAAGAUGGUCUGAUUGGUGUUCCUGGUCCUCCUGGUGGUUUUGGUGAAAAGGGUGAACAUGGCUUGAAGGGUGACAAAGGUGAAGUUGGAGAAAAGGGUGAAAAAGGAGAUAACGGAGAGCAAGGAACAGAUGGAACACCUGGAAGAGAUGGUUUGAAAGGUGACCCCGGUGAUCCUGGAAUGGCUGGUAUAAAGGGAGAAAAGGGAGAUAUGGGACCUCCAGGACCAGCUGCCCUUAGUGGUGUGCCAGGAAUAGAAGGUCCUCAGGGGCCACCUGGGAAAGAAGGCCAGAGGGGACGACGAGGAAAGCCAGGACUCCCCGGAAAGGCAGGGCCACCAGGACCGCCUGGUCCUCCAGGUGCAUUAGCACUUCAAGAUUCCUUUAAAGGGCCAUUUUACCAGAGUUAUCAAGAAAAAAUGGGCUUCAAAGGAGCAAAAGGUGAAAAGGGAGAGCCUUCACAGAAAGGAGAAAAGGGAGAUCCAGGUGCAUCCGGGGAACCUGGCCCUUCUGGACCCAUUGGAAGUCCAGGACCACAGGGCUUAACGGGAGAACAUGGAGUACCUGGAAGACCAGGGAUUAAAGGAGAAAAGGGGGACUCUGGUGGAAUCAUAGGCCCCCCAGGGCCGCCAGGUUCUAAAGGUGACACAGGACCUCCAGGAUCAGGCCUUCCAGGAAAACCAGGACCGGCAGGCAUUCCUGGAGCAGUUGGUCCACGGGGGCCUAAGGGUGAAAGAGGGCUGCCUGGAGUACAAGGGCCUCCUGGAGAGAUGGGUCCAGCAGGAAAUGGAACCCAAGGCACUCCUGGUCUUAAGGGGCCUCCUGGGGCACCGGGCUUCCAGGGCUCAAGAGGACCUCCUGGAUUACCAGGUACUCCAGGAACACCAGGUAUUGAUGGUAUUCCAGGACGUGAUGGAAAGCCAGGACUCCCAGGGCCUCCAGGUGACCCAGUUGCUCUUCCUCUUCUUGGAGAUAUGGGUGCUUUAUUGAAGGGUGAUCCUGGUCCAAGAGGUCCCCCAGGAAUCCCGGGUAGAGAAGGGCCCAAGGGAAACAAAGGUGAACGUGGAUUUCCUGGGCUGCCUGGAGAAAAAGGUGAUGAGGGUCUUCAAGGUAUUCCAGGACUUCCUGGCGUAGCAGGGCCUUCUGGACCUUCAGGGGCUGUCGGAAGACCUGGACACCCAGGCUCACCAGGGACAAAAGGUGAAAAGGGAAACGAGGGUAUUCCUGGAAAGCCUGGACCUCCCGGACCACCCGGUGUGCCGUACAAUGAAGGAAAUGGCAUGAGCAGCCUAUAUAAACUACAGGGGGGUGCCCACGUUCCCACAUACGCUGGUCCACCUGGGGCACCUGGCCCAAAAGGUGACACCGGAGCAGUGGGAGAACCGGGUCCAAUGGGACUGCCAGGAUUAGAGGGACUUCCUGGAGAAAAGGGAGACCGCGGACCAGCAGGUCCUCCAGGAGUUCCAGGAGUACCUGGAAAGCAUGGUGCUCCAGGACCACCAGGGAUCCCUGGUGAACCAGGUGAAAGGGGCCCUGUUGGAGAUAUUGGCUUUCCUGGACCAGAAGGGCCAGCUGGAAUACCAGGCAUAAAUGGAAAGGAUGGAUUACCUGGCCCUCAGGGUUUAUUGGGUAAGCCUGGUGACAGAGGUCCCAAAGGAGAACGAGGGGAUCAAGGCAUACCAGGAGACAGGGGCCUGCAGGGCGAAAGAGGAAAGCCAGGCCUUCCAGGAGAGAAAGGGUCUGUAGGACCCAUGGGCCCCUCAGGGAACAAAGGGAAUCCCGGAUCUCCGGGGCAUAAGGGCCCUCCAGGUUCACCAGGUGUCCCAGGCUUACCGGCUGACUCAGUUUCGUUUGAAGAAAUGAAAAAAUAUAUCAGACAAGAGGUCCUUAGAGUUUUUGAAGAGAGGAUGGCUCAGUUUGUGUCUCAGCUCAAAUUGCCUGCUGCCAUGCUUGCUUCCCAAACUCAUGGGAAACCAGGUCUUCCAGGAAAAGAUGGGUUGCCUGGGCCACCCGGAGAACCUGGACCUCCAGGGUACAGAGGACAGAAAGGUGAAAGAGGUGAGCCUGGAAUUGGCCUGCCAGGUGAUCCUGGUCCACCUGGCCCUUCAGUCAUUGGUAUGCCGGGACCGCCCGGAGCUCCAGGAGGACCAGGUCCACAUGGCCCACCUGGGCCAUCAGGAAGAUGCAACCCAGCAGACUGCUAUUACCACAUCUCUCAAACUCAACCACGAACAACUGGCAAAUGAAAAUCUUCUCCAGAAGUACUUUGAUUCCUGGUUUACCCUUUCCUUUCUUCCCUCCUGCCCUCGUUCCUAAUUUAAGCUUUAAAAUACUUGGUACCUUUUUUUGUGUCUAUAUACAUGAUAUUGUGUGUAGGCAUUUUACAGAGCAUCUCAAUGGAACAAUGUUUAUUUUCCAGUUAAGCCAAUGCCAAGAUGUUGUUUUCUUGAGUUCAUUCCAUGUGUUUAUAAUUUUAGGCUAGUUUUCUAUAGCAAAAUGCAAUUUUCUUGCAUUCU